UUUCUCUCUUGGAUCUCCUCUCUAUAUCAGCUCACGUUGGCUCGUUCGUUGAUAUGAUUAUUGUUCUCUUCUUUGUUCCAUGGUUAUUGUUAAUUGUGAGAUUGAAAUCAAUGUUCAAGGGUUUCUACUGUUUACUGUUCUUUCCUCGUAUCAAUCUGAUGUUUUCUUGUUCAUGUCCAUAGAGAGAGACUACUACUAGACUAGUGUUGUUAUUGUGAUGCAUGAUCCUUGUUAACUCCGUUUGGCAUUUCGGGUUUAUAUACAGGUAGUUUGUGUCGAGUAUGUCGCAUUCAUGCUAUGAAAACAUAAAGGAGGAAGGAAAUGUUACCCCUCUCUCAGCCGACAUGGAUUCUCGAGCUGUCCAAGUUUCAGGAUCGGCUUCACCUAUUGAAGUGAUGGAGGAUAGAGGCGAGAAUAAGUUGGUGGUUUAUGACUCUAAGGGAAAUGAUACUGAAGAUGAAGUUCUACCAAUUCAGUCUCAGCCUAUGUCAUCCAGAACACUGUCGCUUUCGCCUUCCAUAGGGGCUUUCACGGUUCAGUGUGCAAGUUGUUUCAAAUGGAGGCUCAUGCCUUCGAUGCAGAAGUAUGAAGAGAUUAGGGAAAAUCUUCUAGAGAACCCCUUCUUCUGCGAAACAGCAUGUGAGUGGAAGCCAAACAUCUCUUGUGAUGUUCCUGCUGAUAUCUAUCAAGAUGGAACACGUCUUUGGGCUAUUGAUAAGCCUAACAUCUCUCGUCCACCAACUGGCUGGCAACGUUUACUUCGGAUUAGAGGUGAAGGAGGUACCAGAUUUGCCGAUGUCUAUUAUGUUGCUCCUUCAGGAAAGAAGCUUCGAUCUACUGUGGAGGUCCAAAAGUACUUGAAUGACAACCCCGCAUACAUAAGAGAAGGGGUGAAACUUUCACAGUUCUCGUUUCAAAUCCCGAAACCGCUGCAGGACGACUAUGUGAGGAAGCGACCAGCUCGACUAAUGGAAUCCAGCGAUAAUACAAACACCCAUGUAGCUAAAGAAGCUAAUCCAUUGACAUGGAUAUCUUCAGAUGAUCAUAUAGCGUUGCAGUUAGCUACGCCAACAGAGUCUGGACUUCACAGUUCACACGAUCAACCAUCGAAAAAGAAAAAAACAUCACAGCUAUCGAUCUUUGGCUCCAAUGAAGAACUUGCCGAUAGAUAAUCUGGCUAGACAAGGGUUAGAACUUUCAUCUUCUCUGGUAUAUAACCCGUCUUCUUUCUUCGUUUGGAACAUUGAGAACAUAUUCGUUUUCGGUUUGGGGUUUAUCGAAGAAACUGAGGACUUGUGGUUAGCUUGUUUUUGUGUAUACUAUCUUUUUUAUUUUGCAGUGUAAGCUAUUUAUAGUUCUAUGAAGAGGAUGGUUGGUUUUUGUUUCCAAAUUAUUGGAUUUCCAUGGUACUUGAAGUUAAUGUUUUUAAAUCUAUAAUUUUGCCAAA